UUUUUCUUAAUUUUUUUGCACGAGAAGAACGUCGUCCAUUCUACAAACCGUAUUCAUCCAUAACCCGCUCUCUUUUAGCGGUGAAAUACGGUUAACGUGUAGCUAGUUGCCGGAGAAUAUUACGUUCGAAAACAUAGCUGAGAACAUCAAGCUGGUCAACUUGAUAAAGUAGGCUGUUUUGGGACGCUCCCGACCGACUGGAAACCAAGUAAACGAAAACGUUACAGAACGUGAGCCACAUGAGUUCUGACGCUAAGCCCGAGCCUAAAAAAGCCAAAAUGGAGAAUGAAAGCAAGUAUCUCCCUGAGCUUCUGGCAGAAAAAGACAGUCUGGAUUCUUCAUUCACACAUGCAAUGAAACUUAUAUCUACAGAGAUAGAAAGGAUUCAGAAAGGAGAGACAAAGAAAGAGACAGAAAGAGAAACUUACCUGGACCUGUCUACCACAAAGAACAUCAAGGUCAAGGAACGUGUACUCAUUCCAGUCAAACAGUACCCAAGGUUCAACUUUGUUGGUAAGAUUUUGGGACCCCAGGGGAACACAAUCAAGCGCCUCCAGGAGGAAACUGGAGCAAAGAUCUCAGUAUUGGGCAAAGGUUCCAUGAGGGACAAGGUGAAGGAGGAAGAGCUGAGAAAGGGUGGUGAGCCCAAAUAUGCUCAUCUGGGCAUGGAACUGCAUGUCUUCAUAGAGGUGUUUGCUCCUAUACCUGAGGCAUACCUGCGCAUGGCUCACGCCAUGGACGAGGUCAAGAAGUUCCUCAUCCCUCAGGACACCAUGGAUGGUAUAUGCCAGGAUCAGUUCAUGGAGAUUGGCUACCUGAAUGGCGGUCAAGAUUCACAAUCCAGGGGACGAGGGGGCCCUCCAGGCAGGGGCAGGGGAGCACCCCCACCCAAUUCAGUAGGAGCCAGGGGGCGAGGAAUGCUACCUCGUGGAGGAGCCCCUCGUGGAGGCACCCAACGUGGUGGAGCUUCCCGAGGAGGACCUCCCAGGGGUGGGUCGGCCAGAGGGGCUCCAGCUGGCCGAGGUGGACCCCCCUCUACACCUGCUAGAGGAGGCACUACACCCCGUUCCAGACCACCCACCCCAGGGACACCAAGGAUGCUCCCGUCCCCAGCCCACUCCCACCAGCAGCACCAGCACCAACAUGCCCCACCACCCAAGGCUGAGGCCUACAAUGAAUAUCCUGCAUAUGAAGAAAGCUACGCUGAGCCUGCAUAUGAAGGUUAUGACAACUAUUACAGUCAACAACCUCCACAAGCGGACACAGAGUACUAUGACUACGGACAUGGAGAGGCUCAGGAGGCUUAUGAACCCUAUGCCCAAGAUGAUUGGGAGGGUUCCUGGUCCUCCACUGGAGGCAAAGCCCCUCCAGCGAGGCAGGAUAAGAGGGGGGCCUACAGAGAGCAUCCAUACGGAAGAUACUGAACAGUCUCCGGUAGAGGGUUGCCAUGGCAACUGUCUCCCAUUGUAACUCACUUAACUCUCCAAAGUAAUUUCCCUAAAUGUUUUUCUUUUACAUUUUCUGUAGUUUUUUGUUUUUUAAUGAUUUGAGAGCAGGACAACUGGAUGUAUCGUAUCGAGUGGGCGUAGCAAGCGAAUGCAAGGAUUUGGAUAAUACGUUAUCAUUCAAUGUUUCCACUGCAUCAUUGACAGUUUUAAGAUCUAAUUUAAUGGUUACUUAGAGAAACGUGAUACCUUGUAUAGUGUUAAAUGUUAUUUUGAAGGUUUGUUUCAGUUUGUCUUGAAAUGAUUUGUGGCAGUUGCAGUCUCAUUUAGGCUGCAUUUCUAAAGUAUUUUUUAGCUAAAACUUGAUUAAUGACGUCAAUGUAACAUCGGCAACUAGAUUAAGAAUAUAUGGGGAAGAACCAAAAUAAUUUUCUAGAAAAAUCAUUUUUGCAGAAACUAACAUUCCCUAUAGAGGCAUAGAUUUCAAUGUUUUUUUCUUUUCUUAGGGUUUUGAAAUCUAGCCUUAUUAGACACUGAGACAGUCUGUCCUAAAAUAUCUCCUUUAAGUAUUUUCAAUUCGACUUGGUUGUAAGUACAUUCUACUUUAGAUAACUUUUGCUUGGCUUACUUUGGUCUACAUCUUAUUGGGCUGACUUUGAUAGAAAUGCUGAUAAAGUACUCACUUUGAGUGGUUCUACAAGAAUUUGGACAUGGUCCUCACAUGGUCUUCAUGUAAGGGAAAACUGCAGCCAUCUCAAUAUUAUAUGCAUACACUUAAGAAAGUUGUGUAUAUUGCUUUCUGAAGUUGUGCCGUCUCCAAAAUGCAUAGUGCUACGUACAUGUGUACUCUUGCCUAAAUAGGAUACUAAAUAUAUCCAAAAAAUGUUUCUCUGCAGUGCGUUGUAUCAAUAAAGCCUAAUUUGUUUUGUUUUUUUAUCAAACUAAACCUGGUAUUUUGCUUUUGUUGUAUAGUAAUGCCUUCUACUUCUAAUAAAACUGAUUCUCGUUGAGGAUUUUCACAAAA